AUGGCGCCCGGCACGAGGAUUCGGCUGAAGCUGACGAGAGGCUCCAACACCUCAGAGAGCACCCCCCAGAGCUUUGCGGAUCUCGAGGAUGAGCCGAUGCCCGACGCCGACGUCGAUGGCGCCGCCGGUGCCGACGCUGGCAACGUCGACGAUACAUCCGAGCACGGCGAGACGGCUGCGCGAGACGACGACGACGACGACGAUGACGACGACGACGAAGAGGAUCGCGAGCGCGCCGCCGACGAGUCGGGCGACGACGACGACGGCAAGGAGGAAGAAUCAGCCAAGGAACCGACGCCGCCGCCGCAGCCCGUCAUUCGCAGAAAACGACUUGGCCGUCCGCCGAAGAACAAGCCCCCGGACUGGGAUCCGAUGGUAACGGUCACCGACGACACCCCUCGUCGCCGAGGUCGCGGCGGAUGGAGGGGUCGCGGCGGUCGCAAGGGGGGUCCGGCCGCGCCCAAGGCCGAGCAGAUCAUCGACGGCGAGGGAACCGUGGCCGAGAUUGUCAACGACGAGUGCGCCCUCGCCGAGGAUGCCGAGGGCGAGGCCAAGGUCGACAAGCUGGGAAACCUCGACGGCGGUCGCGACUACCGGUGCCGCACCUUUACCGUCCUCGGCCGCGGGAACCGGCUGUACAUGCUGUCGACGGAGCCCGCCCGCUGCGUCGGCUUCCGGGACAGCUACCUCUUCUUCACCAAGCACCGCAAGCUCUACAAGAUCAUCAUCGACGACGACGAGAAGAGGGACAUGAUUGAGCGCGAGAUCAUCCCCCACUCCUACAAGGGCCGUUCCAUCGGAAUCGUCACCGCCCGCUCCGUCUUCCGAGAGUUUGGCGCGAGGAUCAUCGUCGGCGGCCGCCGCAUCGUCGACGACUACGGCGUCUCCCAGGCGAGAGCCGACGGCGUCGCCGAGGGACAGCUGGCCGAUCCGGACGACCACUUCAUCCCGGGCGAGCCCUACAACAAGAACCAGUACGUGGCCUGGCACGGCGCCAGCGCCGUCUACCACACAAACGUGCCCUCCGCCCCCGUCCCGAGCGGCAAGCCCGAAUACAAGAAGCGCAAGGUCAACGUCAACGACACCAACUGGAUGCUCGAGCACGCGCGCGAGGCGAGCAUCUUCAACUCGGGAAUCAACGCCAUUCGGAAGCAGAACAACGGCGGCGUCUACGACAUUCACACCAACGUCAUGCAGUACCCAGCCAUCAUGCAGCCGACCGUCGCCCGCAUAGAGCAGGUGGCGCCGGAGGACGGUGACGGCGCAAAGGGCAGCAGCCACGGCCUGCCCCCGGUAUCCGCGAGGCUGUCUCGAAACUUCCUCGUCACCGACACGUACCUGGAAGCUCCACCGGCCGGCGCCUUCCCCUUGCCGCUGAGCAAGUCAGACCCGUCCGACUUUCUGGCUUCCUUCCAAGGACUGGCGACGGUGCCUGACGAAAUCAAGGAUCUGCUGCCUCCAGAAUGUCGGGAGGCGUUUGAGAAGACGAGGAGGGAAGACAGGGAGUGGAAAUCCCGGUGGGGAACCGAGGGCCAAUCGACGUCUCGACGAGACCCCAUCAUCGACAAGGCCAUUGUGCCAUACAGCAUGGCAUAG